AGAGAGAGAGAGAUAGGAGACUUUCUCCGUACGAGUGCUCCAUCAGGGGCAUCCUGCACCAACCAGGUCCAAAUCGCUGAUGCUCCGAACUUUUAAUGAAAAGCCCUGUUUUAUCCACGUGCUCUUCUCUCAUUAGCCUUUCGCUCUUCUCCAAGCACCACUCCCUCUCCUUUUGCCCAUUUCUUUUAGAAUUUAUUAUUUUAUUUUCCUCACUUUAAGAAACAAAAUACCAAAAAUUAUUAAAACUCCGUCGGAACAGACACACCAAAAAAAAAAAAUUGUCGGAAUAUUAUCUUCAUCGGAAGAGCUUCUUUAUUAGAUUAGAUAGACUUUGAAGAGACAAUCAAACCUCAAACUGACUUUCUUCAUUUUCUUUUUUUUUUUUUUUUCUCUGUUUAAAUAUAUUCUUCCUUUGAUGAAUUGAAACUUCCCUGUUUUAACAGAAAGCUUAAGCUUCAUCUGUGCCUUUUCUUUUUUCUAUUUUUGCUUUUGCCUCAUCUUGUUUUUCCUUUGCUAGGGUUUCAUUUCUUUUUUAUUUUUUAGGAUUAUUAUCUUCAAAGACGAGACUUUAGAGCUCAAUCGAAAUUUCAACAGUUUUCAAUCAGAAAGAAAAAAAAAAGAACAUAAAUUUGUUGCGGAAUUAAAAAAGAGUUCAAUUGGAUGGUUAAUUUGGAAGGAGAAAGAGGAAUCGGAAGGAUUAUUUCGAGGUUCGGUGGUUUGAAGGUGAUGUGGAAAUUGAAAGAAGCGUUUGGUUUUUAAGAUACUGAAAAAAAAGAAAAAACAAGAAAUGAGGAAUUCGGGAAUAGUUUAGAAACAAAAAAAGAAAGAAGAAAAAAAGGUUGCAAAAGUUGCAACUAUGAGUUGCAGCGAAGAAGAAACGAGAAGCGUCGUCGUUUCAAAUGGGUCGACAACGGCUGCGCAAGAGUUGACCAUCGAUCACAAUUUGCUCAUUGACCCGAAAUUGUUAUUUAUCGGCUCCAAAAUCGGCGAAGGAGCUCAUGGCAAAGUUUACGAAGGAAGGUAUGGUGAUCGGAUUGUUGCCAUUAAAGUUCUUCACCGUGGGAGUACUGUUGAGGAAAAAGCUGCACUUGAAAGCCGUUUUGCUCGUGAGGUUAACAUGAUGUCUCGAGUAAAACAUGAGAAUCUUGUCAAGUUCUUUGGAGCUUGUAAGGACCCGCUGAUGGUGAUAGUAACUGAAUUAUUACCAGGAAUGUCACUCCGGAAGUAUUUAAUUAGCAUCCGUCCCAAAGUUUUAGACCUUCAUGUGGCUUUGAAUUUUGCACUGGACAUUGCUCGAGCCAUGGAUUGUCUUCACGCCAAUGGGAUUAUACAUAGAGAUCUAAAGCCUGACAACUUGUUGCUUACAGCAAACCAGAGUUCUGUGAAACUUGCAGACUUUGGUCUUGCAAGGGAAGAAUCUGUCACAGAGAUGAUGACUGCAGAGACUGGGACUUAUCGAUGGAUGGCCCCUGAGUUGUAUAGCACGGUGACAUUGCGUCAGGGAGAGAAAAAGCAUUACAAUAACAAGGUUGAUGUCUACAGCUUUGGAAUUGUAUUAUGGGAAUUGUUGACCAAUCGCAUGCCAUUUGAAGGCAUGUCCAAUUUGCAGGCAGCUUAUGCUGCUGCUUUUAAGCAAGAGCGACCUAGCCUUCCAAAGGAUAUAUCCCCUGAUCUAGCAUUUAUCAUACAAUCAUGUUGGGUUGAGGACCCUAACAUGAGGCCCAGCUUCAGCCAGAUAAUCCGUAUGCUGAAUGCCUUUCUCUUCACGCUCACAGCUCCUUCACAAUCCAUACCUGAAUCUGACAACGGUGAGACAGCAGAAACAAGUAAUGGAACCAUGACUGAGUUAUCUGGUCGAACAAAGGGGAAGUUUUCUUUCCUCCGCCAACUGUUCACUGCCAAGAGGACAAGAAACUCACAAUGAGGGUGAUAUGUUUAGAUUUGAUGGUUGCUUGGAUUUGUGUAUUAGGCGUCAUUUAUAAUUGCCGGAGUGCUUGUGAAAGAAUACGUUGUCACAUAAUGAUGUUGAUUUCAUGGGACAAGUGGUGCAAGAACCUAGGAAUCGUGGUGGACUUUUCUUUUGUCUGCCUUUGCUUGUUCAAAAUGCCUUGUAACUGGGCCAAUAUGUAAUCCUUAAAAAAAUGUUAUGCAUAGUUGCUUACAAGUUAACGACGCAGCAGCCAGCCAUGGAGAUUGCUGAGUAAUAAUGUAAUGUAGUGAGCCGAGAAGAGAAAAAAAGGGGCGGGAAAUAGCUAGAAGAAGAGAACAAGAAAAAACGGAGAGACUCUGAAUAUUGUUUCUGAAAGCUGAGGCAUGUCUCCGAUUGUAAUACUCGCAUGACAUGACCAAAUGUUGAACUACUUAAAAUCUCCAAUCUAGACUAAUAUAACCCAACUUAUAUGAGGGAUUCUAUUUGCUUCCGUACAAUUUCUGUUUAACAUCCAAUUUUCAAAAACAUUUCAUUUGUACUUAUUACAACUCACAUCUUAACUUCAAAAUUUCAGAACUAUCCCCAUACAUUAUCUUCUCCUCCCUCGUACAAUUUU